AUGCUCACUUGUGGUUGCAGGCCACUGUGGGCCGGAGGGCAGUUUGGACUUGGGGCGACUUCCUCGUGGAGUUCCACGCCAAGUACUUCCCUGAGGCAGGCACGUGAUCGUCUUCAGAUGCAGUUUAUGGAGAUCGAGCAGGGUGAGCGUUCUGUACGUGAAUAUGAUGCGGAGUUCAGCCGUCUGUUAGUGCAUGCUGGUUUUGGCAUGGAGGGUGAGCAUCAGUUGAUGAAAAGGUUCCUGGAGGGACUUCGCAUGAGUAUGCGGACGCCGUGCAGAGCUGGUAUGUAUACUACAAGGGCGGGUCUGGUGGAGUUGGCAGCAUCAGUCGAGGCGGAUCUGAGUGGGUCAGUUGGUCUGGUAGCUGUGCCGCUUGCAGAUGCUCCUGCUAACCACCCGCAAAAGCUACGUUUGCGGGUGGCAGCGGGAGAACCAAUCAAGCCCAUAGUCAUUACACUUAAAGAUGUAAUACUAGUCGGGUCUUUUGGAGCAUUCUGGAGCAUAUGGGACGAGGAGCAUGGAGGGACUUGGCAUGGACGCAGCUCAACUGGAUACGCAAAGGAAGAAGGAGAAGCCAUCUUGAAGACCAGCUCGACCACCAACGGUCGAGUUCCUCAACUCGACCGGCCAAGCUUCAACUCGAUCGAGCUGAGAAGUCAACAGUCAAACCCGAAAAAUGUUGCUUCCCCCUUGACUUUCCUUUGA